UUUAUUUAUGACGAAAAAGUUUCCUGGUGGGAGUCCUUAGUCUUAGUGCUGAUGUACGUCAUCUACAUCGUUAUCAUGAAGUACAACUCAACCAUACAUCACUGCUUUGAAAGGAAGACAAAAAACUCUGCAAAUAUGGUGAACGGUUUAGCAAAUAACACGGAAAUGGACGAUAACAGCAACUGCGAUGCCACAGUGGUAUUACUAAAGAAAGGAAAUUUCCACCGUAAAGCCUCGGUGAUCAUGGUGGAUGAGCUGCUGUCUGCCUACCCACACCAGCUCUCGUUUUCUGAGGCUGGACUCCGGAUCAUGAUAACCAGCCACUUCCCUCCCAAAACACGUCUCUCCAUGGCCAGCCGCAUGUUAAUCAAUGAGAGACAAAGGCUGAUCAACAGUAGGACUUACACCAAUGGUGAGUCAGAAGUAGCAAUCAAAAUACCUAUCAAGCAUGUGGUUGAGAAUGGAACAGGCCCCAGCAACUCUGCCGAACGAGGUGUGAACGGCACACGGCAGGAUGAAGACGUGGCUGAGGCUGGGAACGAGACAGAGAACGAGAAUGAGGAUAACGAGAACAACGAAAACGAUGAGGAAGAGGAAGAAGAUGAUGACGAUGAUGACCAUGAAGGGCCAUACACACCUUUUGACCUACCCACUGGCAAGAUAGAAAUCUUGAAGUGGCUCUUCACAUGGCCAUUGAGUUUUGUCCUGUACUUCACAGUGCCCAACUGUAACAAACCCCACUUGGAGAAAUGGUUCAUGGUUACUUUUGCUUCUUCUACUCUCUGGAUUGCAGCUUUCUCCUACAUGAUGGUGUGGAUGGUGACAAUCAUUGGCUACACACUGGGAAUUCCAGAUGUGAUCAUGGGGAUCACUUUCUUGGCAGCUGGAACCAGUGUGCCGGACUGCAUGGCAAGCCUUAUCGUAGCAAGGCAAGGUAUGGGGGACAUGGCUGUGUCUAACUCCAUCGGAAGCAAUGUUUUUGAUAUUUUAAUUGGCCUAGGCCUCCCGUGGGCUUUGCAGACCCUAGCAGUGAAUUAUGGAUCAUACAUUCGGUUAAACAGCAGAGGACUGAUCUAUUCUGUUGGUCUCCUGCUGGCAUCUGUUUUUGUCACAGUUUUUGGCGUCCACAUGAACAAAUGGAAACUGGAUAAGAAGCUAGGGUGUGUGUGCCUUUCCCUUUACGGCAUCUUCCUCUGUUUCUCCAUCAUGACAGAGUUCAAUGUUUUCACGUUUGUGAACUUGCCAAUGUGCAGAGAUCACUAA